AUGUCUGCCAGACCUCGUUACUAUAGGUCUGUGUCAUGUCUGCCUAGUGUAGGUCCGUCACAGGCAGUCUGCCAGACUGCCCGUCGCCCGUCCGUGAGAUCUCAUUUUGUCUGCGCGGGCAGAGACAAGUCUGUCGGUGAAUGCUCACAGCGGGCCGACUACUCAGACCCGAGCCAGACAGCAAGCAUAACGGACGUCGACGACGCUAUAUCGCGUGUUACUCAAGUAAUAAGCGACGGUCAGUACGCAGAUUUAAAUGGUCUAUUGACUAAACCGGCGCGUAUCAGCUUGAUGAGGGAUCUUGAUAGAAACUGGAGUGAACGACAACGCUCGUUGCUCGCUCUAAGUCGUGAUGACAUCCAGAUAUCUUCGCCUAGAAAAGUCUACUUUAUUAGGAUCGCUGAUAAAAAGUAUUGUGAUAUUGAUAUGGCGUUCCUAGCGCUCAAAUGGGCUCCAAUCAACAGCAUAGAAGCUUUAAUCUUCACGGAAAUAUUUGCAAGAUUUCAUAGAGAAUACACACCACAUUGUAUACCCGAAUGGACUAUUGCCUUCUUUAAAGUAACUCGAUUUGAAAUAUUAAGAAGAUAG